CUUUACCUCGUUUUCUUUCUCCGUUUUUCUCCAACAUCUCUCUCACUCUCUUUCCCGCCAAAUCCUCAUAGGAUUUCCUUCUCUCUCUCUCUCUCUCUCUCUCUCACGCUCACCCCGUGUUUGUGUGUAAUAAUCUUCUUCUUCCUAUUUUAUUCCUCUCUCUCUCUUGGAAUAUAUAUCUUCAUACUAAAAGCUAAAGUUUUUACUUUCUUUUCGUUCGUUUGCUACCCAUAUCUUCACUACAAACUCCUCAAAUAUCUUCAUUCCUUCAGAAUAAAUAUCUUUUCUUCCCAUCAAAAUCACUUUUUUCCACUUCUAAGCAUCUUCUUCCCCAACAUAUUUUCUCUCUCUCUUCACCUCCUAAAAAACCAACCUUGUUCCUCUUUCACUCCUUGAUGCAAACAAACAUUUUACCCUUCUUCACUCUUUCUUUUUACUCUCUCACUUCACUCAAACAACCUUAACAUUCACAAAACCCUCCUAAAAACAAAUUCCCUUUUUUUUUUCUCCUUUUUGUCUCUCUACCAUGUCUUUACAGAAGCUCAAGAAGCUGAAGCUGGAAACACCAAGUUCCAAUUUUGAAGCUGACCCAUCAAGCAAAUCAAACAAAAAAAUCAAAAGGAAGCUUGUUCGAAUCAUAAUAACCGACCACGACGCCACUGAUUCUGAAUCCUCCGGAGAUGAAGAGAGAGAAAGAAACAACCAAGCAAGAAAACAGAGAAAAGCAAAGAGAGAAAUUCUUCAUAUUAACAUGCACCCUUCCGUACCAGAUUCCUCUACAAUUUCUCCUUCUCCUUCAUCUUCAUGUUCUUCUCUUUCCCGUUCCUUGUCUGAGAAAAACCAAAAAAAGUACAGUAGAACCAAAAAACCACCACCCGCCGCCGCCACGCGCCACCACAACAAGUUCAGAGGCGUAAGGCAGCGGCCGUGGGGACGGUGGGCGGCGGAGAUUCGUGACCCAAAUCGCCGAAAACGGUUAUGGCUCGGAACUUUUAACACGGCGGAGGAAGCUGCCGCCGAAUACGACAGGGCGGCGGUGAUGCUGAAGGGUACUAACGCCGUUACCAACUUUCCCGUGAUGCCGGCGGAGGUGAUGGUUGAAGCACCGCCGCCGGUAGAAGACGGUGGAAAUGAAGGCGGAGCUGUUUACUCCGCCGCUUUGGCGUCGCCGACGUCUGUUUUAACUUACGACUGUGACUCAACGCCGUUUGACGGUUUUCGGUACGGCGACGUGGAUGCCUUUGGGUUCCACAUCGACGCGCCGUUAAGUUUGCCGGAAGUGAACGUUACGCUGACGUGUAAUCAGCGGUUAGAAAAGGAAGAGGCGUUUGAAGAGUUUUUUGAUCUUGAUGAGUUUAUGACGUGGCCGUACUAAAUAUUUCAGGGACUGUUUGGUAAUUAUGCUGUUUUGCUGCUGGUUGUGUAAUUCCGAAGAUGCCCUCGUUGUUGUUGAAGUUUGAAGUUUUGUCGUGUUCGUUGGAAGAGUGUAGAGUUCCAUUUUACUACCAUGAAGCGGUGAUUUAUUGUUUCGUGGUAAAAAAGUAUUGUGUGAAUUUUUUUUGUAAUUAUUUAUUAUUAUAAUUGAAAAAAUAGUCAGAAUGAGUGUCAAAAUGAGUGAAUAAGAUUGGGAGGGAAAAAUAGGAGAGUAAGAACGGUUGUGAUUUAAUUUCACUCAUUAGAGUUGACACGUAUAUAAUCCUAUGUAUUUAAGUAUAUAUUAAGAAAUUUUGGUGUUGUCUAAAUAGGUGUUUAUUGUAAGGAAGUUGACACGUAGUCAAUUAAGUUGGCUAUGGAAUUUCAAAAAAUUAUCUAUUUAUUUCUAUAUGCAGACUUGAAUCAUUAUUGUAUAUA